AUGGACGACUCCGAGACACGCAGCAAUGCCGCUUCGGAUUCCUCGUCAGAGGACAGUGCUCCCGAAUCACAGCCCGAGUUGAUGAUCACGACCAGAGAAAGACGAAAGACAGCCGGUAACAGAUACAGCCAGGUCGUAGCACAAGAGCAAGCAGAUGAGGACAAGGAAGACGACGUUGCCUUGCUGUUUGCAGACGCAGAAGGUGAAGAUGAAGAAUACAACAGCGAUGAGGCCGACGAUGAGGCGGAUAUGUCCUCUUCGGAAGAUGACGAUCAGGGACCAAAUGCUGCGCCUGAUGAUAUGGAUGGUGAAACCGAGUUGCAGAAACAGGCCAAGAUGGAGCGGCAGAAAAAGCGAAAAGCCGACAUGGCUAUGACCACAAUGAGUGCCAUAAGGAAGAAGCCAAAGAUUGACCCUACCUCAUUACACAGAGCACCCGAUAAACCGAAAGCCUCGAAACGAAAAGAAAGAGUCUCCUGGCUGCCAGAUCAGAACGCUGCUUCUGGUCGUACGUCCCUCAGAAAACAGACUGUCGCACACCGAGAAGUCAUGCUGGAGCGUCUGAAGGAAAGUGAGGAACAGCGGUUGAAAUACAAAGCACAACGUGAGGAGAAAGAAAAAAUCAAGCAAGCUGAAGCACCUAAGGAGAUGACUCAAGCAGACCGGCUUGCCGAAGCCGAGAAGAACGAGAAAAGGAAUGCCAGGAGUCUGAAUCGAUGGGAAACCAUGGAGAAACAACGACUCGAAGAGCAAGCUGCUAAGCUGGCUGCUCUCAAAGGUCGUACUCUGCAAGGCCCGGUGAUCACGCUGCAUAGCUCAAGACACCAAUAUCAGGGGCUCAAGAUUGAGCGUACGAGUCCGGUUUCUGGUGGUAUAGAUGACGGUCAGCCGAAGAAGAGAGGUCCCAAACCGAAGAACCUGCUACAACAGACAACUGCGUUACCGUCAAGUCUGUCAGCCAUCGCUCCCUCAUCCUUCAUUGUGACCACUGGCAAUCCGGCACUUCAGUCAGGUACAACAACCAAAGAUCCUGCACAACCUGCUCCAGACAUGUGGCUGGCUGGUAUACACGAGUACGCAAGGCAGUCUGGCCCUGGAGAGACAACAAACCUCGAUUUACACGGCAAUGCCAAUUCGGGCGAUUACAGGGUGGCACAAUCACAAUCAGUCACGUCGGAGGAGCAGGUACCCAGCACCAAGCCAGCACCUGUAAUCCUCCCAUCUACUCAGGUCAGGACAAUAGUCCCAUCCCAGCCAAACUCAAAUAUAUCGAUCAAUCCAACGAGUCUUGUAGCAGGGCAGAUUGCUUCGAUGCCACCAGCAGAUCAUCCUUUGCCUCCUGACGCCCAAGUUGCGACAGCUGGCGUUCGCUCAGACGACACACAGAGACCACAAAUUCAUUCGACGCUCGCAGAACCUGCUUCACGGACCAUAUUGGUCGAGCCAGACAGUGAACCUACACUGCCACAACCUUCGCUGAUCGAGGUUACAUCCACACGCAAUUUAGUUGUGCUUGAAGGGUUCGAAGACUUGACUGCAGAAGCAAGACAAGCGUUCAAUAUGUUUUACACCUCCAAGAAGUCAGCUAGACCUGUCAAGCACAUCGCCGAGCUAUGUGCAAUUACUGGUUUGCCAGCCAGAUACCGCGAUCCAAAAUCAAGUGCGGCAUAUGCGAACGCUACUGCGUUCCAAAAACUCAGGGAGCUUCAAUGCCACAGUUAUCAAUGGAGUAGCAUGCUAGGAUGUUAUGUCGGUCGUGCUGGCCAGGUUGCAAAGGGUGUGCCCGAUGGCUUCUUAGGGAUGGUCGCAGCAGCAUCAGGUGGCGUGAUUUACCACUGA